AGCCCCCAACUCUCAGGAAACGUGCACAGGAGCCGACAUGAGUGCGGACGCGGAGCUGCUGUGGCCCGGGGCGGCCCUCCUGCUGCUGCUGGGGGCGGUGGCCAGCCUGUGUGUGCGCUGCUCCCGCUCAGGUGCGAAGCGGCCCGAGAGGAUUUAUGAGCAGAGGAGCCUGCAAGAGAACCAGCAGAACUUUGCAGUGGCCCGGACCUACUCCUUGGGCAGGCCUAUGCUGAUGGACACAGCCUAUGACAUGGCACCAACAAGGAAGGAUAAGCUGCUGCAGUUCUCCCCCAGCCUCGAGGAUUCUGCAUCGCCGAGGUACCAGAACUUCCGCAAAGGAAGCAGACACGGAUCAGACGGAGCCUACAUAGACCCCAUCAUCAUGGAGUAUUGCACCUGGGAGCGGUCUCAGAAGCGGCAGGAAGAUGAUGAGGAUUCUAAUUCCUAUGAGAAUGUGCUUAUCUGCAAGCAGAAAGAGCCCGACUCAGGCGACGAGGAUUAUCAGAACUCUGCUUCCAUCCAGAAGUGGCGGGAGUCCAAAAGGGUCGAAGGGCAAGUCCCGAGAGGAGCCCCUCUCUCCCCUGCGGGAAGCCCGGACGACGAUGACGACGGAGAGCCCGAUUAUGUGAAUGGGGACGUGGCAGCCCCGGAAGCCUAGGGCAGACCUGGGACCAGCAACCACUUUCAUCUUCACCGGAGGAGCCCAGAGCCCAGCGCUCACAGAAUAGUUACCGUCUCCAGCCAUCGCGUCUCCGGAGCAGCUGGACUCUGGGCCCACCACGCUCCUCACGGGAGGUGCACCCACCCCCCACGGACCCUCCCUCUGGCCACGCGGGACCAGCAAGUCACACGUGGAACCAGCUUCCCGGGGGCUGGGCAGGAGCUUGGUGCGGAGAGCACUACAGCCCCUGCCGAAACUGAAUGCCCAGCACUUAGGGCAAGUGGCACCCCAUCCCCGCAUCUAAAACACCACGUCAUACUGGCAUUCGUGUCCUUUUUUGCUUUGGAUUUGGAUCCAAAAUUGCUUACUAAUGUCAGUGGCUGGGAAUUGGUGUGCGUGAUCGGUAAGCUUUUGUAUAAUUAAUUUAUAUAUAUAGGUGGAGCCGUAUUUAAUAUUCUACGUUCCAAGGCAGAUUCUUCUAGCUUGUCUCCUCUAAGCAUUACAUGUUGUAACUUCAGCAGACACUUCGGGUCUCAGUUCACUGAGGAAGCCACAACCACCCGCCGGCUAUCAGCGGGCGUGUCCUGUGGACAAAGUGUGUCAGUUCUGCCGAGGGGGCGGGCAGUGGUGUCCCUCAGGUGCCCUGAAUGCCUCCUCUGCUCCAGGGCUGGCUCAGCUCCCUGACUGGGCAGCAUGACCGUCUCAGGGAAGGGCAGAGGCCCAGCGGGACCUUGAGUCAGAAAAGCCACUCGGGGAAACAUGCCUCCUCCUUUCAAAACCUCAAUAAACCUUUCCAGUUUAAGGGCA